CACAAACAAACGGGAAAGCCGAGGCACGGACGUCGCUUCUCCUCUUCAUCCCCUGAAUAAGUGCAAUAAGACAAAUUUAACAAAAUGGAUGGGUCUCCGGAGCCAACGGUGAUAGCGAGGACCUUAAAGGAUUUUAACCAGUUUAUCUCCAGUGGCAAAAAGAGCGGAGACUCGACCGUGGGGAGAGACUCGCGGCUGAGACUCAACUUCUCUGAGGCUUUUAGUGAUUCCUCGAGUCUUCUUGAGGACGACUCGAGGAUCAGCGUGGGAAGGUCAAGAAAGCGGCAGAUCGAUGAAAUGACAGGAUUAGACAUCUCAAAAAGGUUUCGAGAAAAGGACAGUGAGAUCAUAGAUGCAAAAACCACCAUAAACAGACUAGAAGGACGCAUUCAUAACAUGGAACUGUCAACCAAGAAAGCAAAAGCAGAAAUGGAAGAAGAAUUGGAAAGACAUAAACGGAAGCAGCAGAGAGACAAAGAAUUGAUAGAUGACCUGCAACACAAGAUCAAGCAGCUGCAGGCCCGGGAGCGCGAGAUCCAGGGAAGCGCCCACAAGGUGAAGGAAUCGUUCACAGCCACCAGCUGGGAAACCGAGUGCAAGAUGAUCAACAUGCACCGUGAGCACGUUGAGCAGUGCAACCGGCUCCACGAGGAAAUCACAAGUCUUCGCCAGAAAACACUGUACCUUGAAAGAGUGAUGGAAGAAAAGACAUCACAGGUUGACCUCGUACAGUCCUAUACACAAGAUUUGGAAAAACAACUUGCUGUUGCCCAAAACAAGCUCAGAGAUUCAGGCGCAAGUCAGUUUGAGACAGAGGCACUAAAACUGCAGCUUGAUCAGGCUAAGUCUAAAAUUAGAAAACUGGAAAUGCAUCAGGAAGAACUUGAGAGUUUGCAGAGCAAAUCUGAGGUAUUUGAAACAACAGUGCGCAAGCUUCCUGGCCUGGAAAAAGAAAUUGCCAAAUUGAAAGAAGAAAACAAGUUCUUGAGAGAGACAGCAAUGAACACUCAGCUUCUUGAAGAGAGGCUGACAAAUGCCCAGCAUCAAGUGCAACUGCUCGAAAGUCGUUGUCAGGACAGUGCUUUGAUGCAAGCCAAGGCUGAUUCCUACAAGGAUGCACUGCAGCAAUAUGAAAAAGUUGUCAGUGAGGAGCUUGGCUUAGCUCAAGCAACUGCCUAUGACUUGCAAAAGCAGUUGAUGAAGCUGAAGCAAGGAGACCAAACGAUAGCAGAAGGCAUUGCAGAACUACGUGCAAGCCAAAAGUCAUUGGAAAGCAGCAGAGCAUCAGAAAGUGUUCAGCUGUUAAACCUCAAAGUAAAACUGGAGAAACAACAGAAAAAUACUCAGCAGAAUGCCCUGCUUAUUAAAAGAUUACAGAGAAAGCUUAUGCUUGUAACAAAGGAACGAGAUAGUUUGAAGAGCAUUCUUACUUCUUACGAGUCUGAGGUGACGAUCAACUUCUCAACAGUGAGCCAGAAAAGAAUUGUGAAGUUAGAGUCACAGCUAGAGUCUUACAAGGAGGAGCUCCAACGACUUGAGAAAGAGUUAGACGCAUUCAACAAGGAGUCUGAGGAAGAGAAGGAUAUUCCCCAGAGAAAGGAUGAUGCAGAGAAAAUUUCUGCCCUUGAGAAGAAAGUGAUUGAACUUGAAAAAGAUAUUGGCAAGUUAACUCAAGAAAAAGAGACCUUGGAACUGAGACUUGAAAGCCGAGCGCUGAAGGGAGACUAUGACCCCACCAAGACUAAGGUUAUACACUUUGAGAAUAAUCCCUUUGCCAAAGCUGUGGAGAACCGUUCCACAGAAAUUGAGCGGAUACAGACAGAAAAUGAGUCUCUACGGGAGAGGGUGCGGCUCUUGGAAGAAGGAGAAAUGCAUGACAUAACCCAGAAGGUUGGGAUGAAAGUGAACACUGAUGGUCCAUCUUCAAAAGAAAUUACAGAACUUCAAGAGAAAAUCACAUCUAUGGAGAUGCGCAAUAAACGCCUCAUGGAGGCCUUCAAGAAAAAAUCUCAAGCGAUACGUGAGGUGAUGUAUCGACUCACUGGUUACAGAGUGGAUGCUUGCUCUGAUAAUCAGUAUAAACUAAUUAGUAUGUAUGCAGAAUCUCAAGCAGACUAUCUCUUGUUUGAGCAAACAAAAAAUAAUGAGUUGCAGCUUCUUGAGACUGAGUUUUCAAGCACACUGGAAGACAUGAUUGAUGCUUACCUUCGCCAUGAGAACUGCUAUCCAGCAUUCCUUUCUGCCAUCACGUUGGACCUCUUCAACAGACAGACCAUGGAUCCCCCUCCUGCAUCGUCAAGUGAAGUAGAGGAGGAUGAAGAAGAGGAGGAAGAGGAAGAAGAAGAGGAAGAGGAAGAGGAGGGAGAAGAGGAGGGAGAUGAUCAUGACCAGCAUAUGGGAGAACCAGGACAAGAUAAUAAUGAUGAUGACUUGAUAAUACUAGACUAGUGCAUAUGUCGUUCACAAGAUGAGAUAGCUAACAUAUUCUUGAAAGCUGUUGUUAUUCAGCAAAAUAAUACAAAGUUCUUGUAAAUAUAUUUUCUUUUUUGUGUUUUAAAUGUCUAAAUACAGUACUGUGAAUACAUCUCAAAAGUGUUCAGUGUUAUAUCAUUAUUAGAUAUUAUGAUAAACUUGCAGUACUAGUUAAUGCUUAUGUGACUUAAGUAUUUUUGCUAGGGCAUCCGAAAUGAGAUUGGGUUUCCUCAAAAUUGGCAGACGAAAGGUCUAAAGGUACAUUUGUAAAGAAAUUUUGAGUGCUGAUAGCGAUACUCCCAUUAUUUUUAGGUGAGAUUAAGCAUUUCAUACCAUUAAUAAGUACAAUAUCAUCAGCAUGCUAUUUUUUGUAAAUUGUUUAUACAUAAAUUGUGAUUUUAUAUCAUGAUGAUGACUUUUGACUGUUUAAUUUAAAUCUUUAUUUAGAAAUGAACCAGGAUUUCCCAUCUUCCAGAAAGACUACACAAUUUGUGGAUGAAUGAAAGGUUAAAGUUAUUAGGGGAAAAAAAAAAAAAAAUUGUUUCAGUUUAGUCAAAUGCUUAAAAUGCUUUUCAACUGAAUGUGAGAGCAGUAAAUGUUAUCUAAUACCAUUAUAAUAUUUAUUCCUAGCAAGGUAUAGGAAAUUUGUUUAUUUUUAUAAUAUAGUAUUCAUAAGAAUCAAGUUUCUUUCAAAACAUGGAUCAUAAUAUAAAGAAAAAUAGAGAACUCAAGUGGGGUGAAAUUGUUCCAAAGUGAAGUUGUGUACAUAUACUUUUAGGUAAGAACCAUUCAGUGGAACAGAUACUAGUACUCUAACAACAAUUGAUGAAGAACUGUUUUCUAAGAUUUGUAUAUUUCCUUAAUUAUAAGAUAAUAAAAAAUGAAGUAUUGUCAA